UAACAGAAGAGCUCACCAUGUCCAUAUUUCUGCAUCUGUGUCUGUAUUAGAGUUUUGAUUGGUCCAUCUUACCAAAAAUGCCACAGAUUCGAACUCUGUGCAGAAUUCGGCCAUCAGCUGAAUACUACCCAGAAUUUGAGGCCAGUAGGAAUACAUUAUAUCUCAGGGUUCCAGAGGUUCUGAGAGAAAACUGGACAGAAGGAGUCAGAGGAAAAGCCAACGUCAGCCAUGAAUUCCACUUUGAUUAUAUUUUCAAGAACACUGCUACACAGGAGGAAGUGUUUGAUGUGGCAGCUAAGGAAAUCAUUUCAGGUUUUCUGAGUGGGUAUAAUGGCACCAUCUUUGCCUAUGGUCAGACAGGAACAGGAAAGACGUUCACUGUGGAGGGUAGUCCUAAACAAUACAAGUUACGAGGACUGGAACCCAGGUCUAUCUCCCUGAUCUACAAAGAGCUAGAGAAGAGAACAGAAGAAGAUAUAAGUGUUCACAUUUCAUACCUGGAAAUCUACCAGGAAACAGGAUAUGACCUUUUGAACCCAGGGGCCAGAACUCAGUCUGCGGUGACUCCAUUCCCUAGGGUGUCUGUGAUGGAGGGUAACCAGGGUGUGUGGAUGGUGAAGAACCUCUCCGUUCACUACGCCGCCACGGAGGAGGUGGCCCAGAACCUCCUACUCCAGGGUCAGGCCAACCGCCGCGUGGCAGCCACCACCGUCCACGACAGGUCGUCAAGGUCACACGCCGUCUUCACCAUUCAGCUGAGUGCAAAAAGGUCGGACUCGGAUGUGGUAGUCAAGUCUAAGCUACACCUGGUGGAUUUAGCAGGAUCAGAGAGAGUGUCUAAGACAGGUGUACAGGGAAGCUUACUGAACGAAGCCAAGUGUAUCAAUUUGUCCCUCCAUUACCUGGAGUCAGUCAUCAUCGCUCUACAAGGAGAGUCCACAAACAAUAAUAAAAGGGGGAGAAUUAGCAGUGCUGGUCAACAGAGAGGGCGCUCCAAGACCAGAGAUAACGGCAGACCCAGUACAGCUGAGGGAUUAUCAAGAGGUCCUCGUCAUGUCCCCUACAGGAACUCCCUCCUUACCAUGGUCCUCAGGGACAGUCUGGGUGGGAAUUGUAUGACUUGUAUGAUCGCUACAAUCUCACUGGAAUAUCGUAACCUUG